AUGACGAACUUUUCAGUAGGGGGCAUGAUGAACAAACACCAAGGGAAGGAUAAGGUGGUGGUGGUAUUGGGUGCCACUGGCACCGGCAAAUCGCGCCUGGCGAUAGACCUGGCCACCCGUUUCGGGGUAGAGGUCAUCAACUCAGACAAACUUCAAUUCUACAAGGGCCUAGACAUAGUAACAAAUAAGGUGAAAUCGGUUGCCAUCAAGUACGAGUGUUGCUUUCUCUGGAUGGACGUGGCGAUCCCAGUCUUGCAUUCGUGCGUGUCGAACAGGGUUGAUCAGAUGGUGGAUAGCGGGUUGGUGGAGGAAGGUAAGGCAUUUUUUGAUCCCAAAAUUCGUGACUACGAUUAUGGGAUUAGGCGUGCCAUUGGGGUCCCCGAGAUGGAUGAGUUCUCUAGGAGUGAUGGUCUUGUCGAUGGUGAAACUAGGGCUAAGCUAUUUAAGGCAGCUAUUGAUGAAAUUAAGAUAAACACUUGCAAAUUAGCUUGCCGUCAAGUUGAAAAGAUUUUGAGGAUGAGGGAGGAAUUCGGGUGGAAAAUCCAUCGGUUGAACACCACAAAGAUAUUCCUUCGACGUGGUGGAGAUGCCAAUGAAGCAUGGGAGAAAUUGGUGCUGGAGUCUAGUACGAACAUUGUGGCUCGUUUCAUUUGCAAAGAAAACAUAGAUCCGAAAUCGACUUCGUUUCAUUUGCAAAGAAAACAUAGAUCCGAAAUCGACUGCAUAUGA